GUACUGCAGAAAAAGUACGGCUCUGAAGUGUUUUCCUCGGCUAAGGCACUAGUGCACAGACUGAAGAAGUGGAAUGCCGCUAAGUACGGCUAUGAAAUCCGUAUUCCUGUCGCGGCUGAGAGUGCGGCGCACUUCUUUUCGGCAGCAACUGGUAGGGAUUUGAAGUUGCCUCCUCAAAAGGGAAUACCGACAGUGCACGAUAAAGACGCGAAACUGCAGAAGCAAUAUCUCUGGGUGCUGGAGACACAAAAAGAGGACACUGAGAGUGCUGUUGUUAGUUAAGACGCCAAAGGCUUGAUGUAGUUCCCUAUUUUAUACUAUAAUUAUCUAUAUUAUAAACCAAAACUUAUUUUGAAUGCUAAACAGGAGUCAAUUUACGGCUUGAGAUGUACGCAAAUCAUGGCAAAGAUGUACGGGUGAGAUGUAUACGUCUGAGAUAUAUAUCACGAGACAUAUAUCUUAUACGUAAAUCACGGGAAAGAUGUACUCUUGAGAUGUACUCACACCGGGGCGAUUCAUAGUAGGUUUCCAAAAUUCCGCUUUUUUGAGAUGUACGGAAAUCAUGGGAAAGAUGUACGGGCUAGAUGUAUACAUCUCGCGCCGUAAAAAUGCCGCGUUUUUGAGUACAACUUUCCCGCGAUUCUGCUCCUGCUAAGGCUUUCGGCAGUACCUCAAAACCCUGAACCAACAGCACAAGCCAAGGACUGCGCUGCAUGGACAAAAAUAAACGAAGAGCGAAGCGCCCCAGCCUGGGGCCAGUCAUCUCAUGAAGGAAAUCCGCUGCGUCUGCGUAUGUGCUACAAAAAGGACCCACAUGCAAGCAAAGAAAUACAAACAGAGGCAAGCACCCAGCAGCUAUACGCUGAGCAAGUUAGCACCUGGGUGCUUUUUGGGUCAGGCGCCUGAGCUGGCUCAAAGGGUCAGACCUUUCAAGCAGGUCAAAAGUAGACAGCGACUUCAUAAAGCUGCGCGCUUUGGAUAAGGACUUCGAGCUGACUCAAAGGGUGGGGCCGCUCAAGCACGUCAAAAGUAGCCAGCAACUUCAUAAAGCUGCGCCUUUUGGAUAAGAAGUCUGAGCUGGCUCAAACUAAAACGCUGGGACCUUUUAAGCACCUCGAAAGCGGACAGCAAUCCCAUAAGUUUGCGCUUUUAGGAUAAGGAGUCUGAGCGGGCUCAAAGGGUGGGACCUUUCAAGCAGAUCAAAAGUAGACAGCAAUCUCAUAAAGUUGUGCUUUUUGGAUAAGAGGUCUGAGCUGGCUCAAAGGGUGAGACCUUUCAAGCAGGUCAAAAGUAGGCAGCAAUCUCAUUGAGUUGUGCUUUUUGGAUAAGGAGCCUGAGCGACGUCAAAGGGUGCGACCUUUCAAGCAGCUCAAAAGCAGACAGCAACGGCAUAGAGUUGCGCUCUUUGGGUAACAGGUCUGAGCUAAGUCAAAGGGCGACACCUUUCAAGCAGCUCAAAAGGAGGCAGCAACUUCAUGGCGUUGCGCUCUUUGGAUAAGGGGCCUGAGCUGGGUCAAAGGGUGGGACCUUUCAAGCAGGUCAAAAAUAGACAGGAAACGCAUAAAGCCACGCGCUUUGCAUAAGAGGCUGGAGCAGAGUGAAAAGGUGGGACCCUUCAAGCAGGCCAAAAGUAGACGACAGCAAUCGCAUAAAGCUGCGCGCUUCGGAUAGGAUGCCUGAGUGGCCUGAGCUGGGUCAAAAGGUGGGACCUUUCAAGCAGGUCAAAAGUGGGCAGCAAUUUCCUAGAGUUGCGCUCUUUGAGUAUGGCGCCUGACUUGACUGAGUGAAAGCGUGGGACCUUACGAGCAGGCCAAAAGUAGGCAGCAGCUUCAUGAAGUAGAUUGCGCUUUUUGACCAAGGAGCUUGAGCAAAGAAAGGCAAAAGGCGGGACCUCUCAAGCAAGCCAAGCCAAAAGCAGACAGCAGCCCCAUGGCGUUGCGCUUUUUGGAUAGGAUGCCCGAGCUUGGUCAAAAGGUGGGACCUUUCAAGCAAGUCAAAAGUGGGCAGCAAUUCCAUAAAGCUGCGCGCCUUGAAUAACCAAGCUGGCCAGAUCUGGGCCAAAGAGCGAGACCUUUCCAGCAGGUCAAAAGUGGGCAGCAAUUUCAUAGAGUUGCGCCCUUUGAUUGUGGAAACCUCUGAGUGAGCUGACUGAAAGGCUGGGACCUUUCAAGCAGGUCAAAAGUAGAGAGCAAUAUCAUACAGCUGCGCUUUUUGGGUGGGAGGUUUGAGCAGAGUCAAAAGCUGAGACCUUUCAAGCAGGUCACUCAAAAGUAGGCAGCAACUUCAUAAAGCUGCGCCUUUUGGGUAGGGUGCCUGCGCUGGGUCAGAGGGUGAGACCUUCCCAGCAAGUCAAAAGGGCCAGCAGCUUCACAGCGUUGCGCCGUUUGGGUGAGGGUCUUGAACUGGGCCAAAGGGUGGGACCUCUUAAGCAGCUCACAAGUAGGCACGCAGCAACUUCAUCGCGCUGCGCUUUUUGGAUCAGAAAAGAAUGGACGCAAAGGGCAAGGCCUCUCGCAUAAGCCAUAAGUAACCAGCAAGCCCAUAGGCUUGGGCCUGCUUUCUGAUCAGAAAGCUCAAGCGGCUCACAGAUUGCAUCGCCCAAGCACAUGAAAGCCGCACAGCACUGCUCGCGUGGCGUUGUUCUUGUUCACUUAGAUCAAAGCCUUGAGAUGACGCACGCCCACACCUCUCGAGAAAGCCAGAAGCAGAUAGGGAAGCUAAGCGAUAGAGCGCAACCCGCCGUAAGCUUGGGAGGGUAAAUGGCUCACAGAGAGCAAACGCGAAGCAGCUGAAACGUAGGCAGCAACGUGACACCAUAAAGCUACGUGAUUUGGAUGGAAAACCCAAAACGGCGCAAAGAGUAAAACCCCGCAAACAGGCCGAGAGUAGAACGGGGCCGCCCCCUAGUUCUCUCCACGGAAAAGAUCCACGGUAGACGUUCUCAUGAGGAGCGGAGUCGGGCGUAGUGCUUCGCCCACUAUGCGGAGAACCGAAAGCGACAAGCCUGGGGCCCCCCUCGUGACACUGCCAUGCCAGCCGGAGAUGCAACACACUCCAAGAGUAGGGGACCCACGCCCAAAACCUGGGCCAGGGGGCGCGCGAGGUUCUCACGGUGAGCGGAGUCGACUGCAGUGCUUCGCCCAGCCACUACGCUGAGAACCGAAAACAGCAGGCCUGGAGUGAUCUGCUCAAGGAUUUGACUCUCGGCGUAUGUAUUUGGUUACCCGUUUGCCUCAUUCGUUCGAAGUAGUUCCUUUUGGGCGUUUCGGGUGCUGCCAGGGUGGGGGUUUAUGUAGCACGUAGUAGCUUGUAGCGCGGAGCUGCUUUUCUUAUUCCAUAGCCCGCCACUCUUUACGUAAUUCGUAGCACGCCGGAAGGCCGUAUGGAUUUUAUGUAACUCGUAGCAUUUGCCAGACCCUUCCGCCCUGCCCCGGCGUGUGUACACGCCGGGGGCACGUGGGCGGUAAAUAUAUAUAAGUGUACUCAUAAGUUCAUCAUCUUCCCCAGAAGUUGAUAGGCAGAAACGCAUCUUUUGGUUGUGGGAUACCGUAAUGGCUGCGUUGUAGGAUGCCGUAAUCGCUGUAAAAUAGUACCGAGAAACUGAUUGUUUUCGAACUAAUAGAGGUUGCCACGACCAGUAUCCUUUCCCUUUAAUAAAAGAUGAGUUUCUAUUUUCUUGGAUUCUUUUCGGACAAUAGUACUAUUUCAAUUCGGACAGUAGUGCUGCAGCUCUCUAACUCGCGAUCGCGGGAAAUGUGCCUUAUCCUCCUUAUCCGCGUCUCAGACUUAACGACAAGGAUGACCCCAGUGUCAUCGAAACGAAUAAAGGGAGUUUGAUGCGAGUCAGCAAAGACGCACUGUUACGGUGGCCAGUCGUGUAGUGAGAAAGUAGCUUCAUAAUUUGCAUCGCCCACCUGAAAAAUGUGGUAAAGAGUCCCAUCGACAGGUUCGGAACACUGAUCUGGGCAUCCUACCGUAGUACCUCAAAAAUGCAGGAAAGAACUCUUGGGGCCUCGUUUCCACCACCACCAAGGUGGUCGAAAUUCUCCAUAUCAUGUAUGUUUAUCACGACUCAUCUUCUAAUCCCCGCGAUCGUUUCCGUCAGUUGUCAAGCCGAAUGGCAGUGCCGAGAAAUUGAGCGGAGGUUUCUGGAGAAAAAAGUAGAUUUUAAUAUCGCGGAUGAUAUGGAUAAAAGAG